UCCAGCACGGGCUUUCAGGCUCCUGUUUUUUAGCUGCAACUCCACCCCGGGCUGGUGGAGAAGGGAUCUGUUCCCACUGAUCUCAGGAAAGGGAGGUCACGGGGUUUGCUUGAUUAAAUCACCACAAGCCAAAAGGUUUUCUCUCUCACUUCCAGAGAAUUGGUGGCAGGCUGUGCAACUUGGUCUAAAAAGAAAAGGAAAACAAGGAGACAAAUCCUGGAUCCCAACAAUCAGCAGACGUGGAGAGGCAGGUGUGUCUGAGCUCCUGGGAAAACAAAGGGCAGAGACUGAGGCAGGAGUUGACACCUGGAUGAGAAGUUUCCUUCCCAGGAGAAGAGGACAAAUUUGGAAAAGUCUUGGACACGACCAGCACUUGUCCCACAGGUCAUUACCCAGGUGAAGUCUCACUGCAGGUGAAUCUCCCUAAGAACCACCUUGGAUGAGAAACCUUGACAAAUACCUGCUGGAAAUUCACAUUGGUGACAUCAAGUAUAUUAUUUGGCUCUAGGCUCAUCGCUCUCUUUUCAUUUACAAGUCUGCGCAGCAAAGUCACUGGACAAAAUGCCAUCCCCAACCACUGCAGGUCUCCACUGCCUGUUUCUCCUGGUCACAGCAUGCUGCCAGACAUCACAGGACUCAAACUUCAAUCCAUUCAUGCAAUAUGUAAUUGAAACUUCACUAGAAGAGGAAAACUUCCAGCCAGAGAUCCAAAGGCAAAAGAGAAACAUGCUUAUUUUUGACCUUCCCCCUCUGGAGUACACUAUUGACAUUGAAAUGAGCCUUAUGGAUUCAUCUUUUCUGGAGCUGAUCAGAGAGUAUUUCAAAAAACUUCAUCUUCCAAUUUCAAAAAAUAUUUCAAAUGCUGAAAUGACAAUUUCAAACAUCAACAUCACAACAGUUUGUCUGUCCAGCUGCUGUUCCUGUGAGGAUGGAUAUGCCUGGCCAAGUCAGGGCUGUAGUGACUUGAAAGCCUGCCCUUCUGCCAGCCCAGCACCUGCCCUCUCCUGUGGCUACGCGAAGGAAAUGCCUUUCUCUGGACCUUACUGUGAGCCUCAGACUGAAGACUCCUGUGGAAUGGGAGACCCCGUUGUAUUGAAUAUGUCAGUCAGACUCGACACAGACUUUUCUGAUGAUCUCAGCAAUUCUUCUUCUGAAUUACACAGACAAUACAAAGCUGACCUUGAAAAAGCGUUCAAUGAUAGCUACAGGUGUUUACCAGGCUUCGUAUCAGCAACAGUAACUGGUUUCAGGCCUGGAAGUGUUUUUGUGAACUACCAAGUAAAAGCAGGAGCAGCAAGCUUUGACCAGAUAGCAGAUUCCAACAAGCUUGUACCACAAUUUGUAAAUGACUCGUACAGGCUGAACAAAUCUACCUUCACAACAGAAAUAACUGAUCAGACAAACUUCAUUGUGACUCCUGUGGAGAUUUUUGAAGGGGAUACUGUAAUACUCAUUUGUGAGAUAAAUUCAACAUCUGAGAAUGUUACCUGGUACCACUUUGAUCAGAUCAUCUCAACCAGUUUGCGAUAUUCAGUGGAGAAAAAAGUUUCAAGGAGAACCUCAAGAGCAAUUCUUAAAAUCAUCAACAGCACAAUAGAGGAUUCUGGUUCCUACACGUGCACUUUCACAAACAGCAAUCAGUUCCACACGUUGCUGUACAAGGCCACAAAAACAAUAGCAGUGUCUCUACUCUACAUUACUUCGAAUUUUAAUGACCUUGAUGUCACCUGCAACAGUCCUGAAAUGCAGACAAACAGUCCUCUCCUGUCCUGUUGCAUUGACAAGCAGCUCCCAUCACUUACUGGAGACUGGAAAGUAAAUGGAGCAAUCAAUAUUGUAGGAAUCCCCAGCUUCACUGAAAACUGCACUGAAUACAAGCUCAUCAUCAAAGAAUCACUCUGUCCUCCUGAGAAGGCAGGUACAGUGACAACCUACACAUGUGAGCUGCACACUGGACACGGUGCCAAGCGCAGCCAGCACAUCAGAGUGAGGUAUUUCAGGGCAGCCCAAGUAACAAUUUCUUCAAGCACAAAUUCAUUCGUUUCUGAGGGAUACUCAUUCAACCUAACCUGUGUAAGUGAUGUGAGCAACUACGACAGCAUCAGUUGGAAAAUCCAGUCUGGAAAUAACAUAAAACCAGUAGACUGUGGAACGUGCAUCAGAAAUAGCAGAUUUCCAGACAUGUCUGUGCUCACAGUGAAGAGUGCCACAAAGGAAUGGAAUGGCACCUACAUCUGUACAUUCUCCCAGCAGCACCUGCAGAGCUCUGCCAAUAUGACAAUUGAGGUUAUUUCCUUGCCUCUGAAGCAGAACAUCCUGAUAGAUCCCAUUGAAGCAUCAAUACCAUGCACUGAACAGCAAACCCUUGAGUGCUGCGUGAGUGCUGACACCAGGGGGAAUUACAGCUUUGAAUUUGUGGCUGAAGAUAUAGAUUGUGAAGCUGGGAAAAAGAAUAAGGGAAAGAUGCUUUGCUACGUGUGCAAGUACAGAGGAAGAGAAUGCAGCAAAGAGAAAAACCUCACAGCAUAUUGCAAGAUUAUGAACAGCAUUGAACAGGAAGUCAGGAGUGAAAAUAUAACACUGAUCCUGAAACCUGGUCAGGAAGUUUCAUGCUCUGGUAGGCUUGGUACUGGAAUAGAAGGGAGCACAUUAAUAAAGCCAUGCUGUCAGCCAAAUAACACAGGAGGUUGUACCCGAGGCAAAAUGAUUUACACCUGCUCCAACAAAUCAUGGAUGGUUAAAAGGAAUGACUGUCUGUCUGAACCAAUAAACAACCUGCUGACUAGUGCUGAGUCCUUGGUCUACAGUCCUGAGUCAAGAGCAAAGCUACCCAGCUACCUUGCAGAGCUUAAGGAACAGACACAAAGAGCCUUAAGCUCAGGAGAGAAUUCUUCUGCAAACAUAGGUGCAAUUGUUAGCAUCCUGGAUAUGAUCUCCUCCAUCCCAGCAGAUGCAGAGCCAGUCAUAAUUACAGAUUUCCUCUCCACAGUGGACUCUAUUGUGUCUAAGUCUACAACUAAAGCUUGGGAAGACCUGGAAAAGCAGACAGUCAAUAGUUCCUCAUUACUGAAUUCAGUAGAAAAAUUUUCCCUGCUCCUCCAACCAGUUAAUAAUGCCAUUCCUCCUGUCUCUGUAAAAACCCUUCAGCUACAAGGUAUAGUUGUCACAGGAAAGAACACCAGAAAUUACAAUAAGAACUUCCGCAGUACAGAAAACCUCACAGUUGAUGUGUCCAUUGACAAAACUGAAAUUGAGACUCUAACCCAAAAUUCAACCAUCAUCAGUGUGAUGUACUCAAACCUUGGACAUCUUUUGCCUCGGAAUGAGCCCGAGUAUGUGAACGGCUUGUUGAUAUCAACAACUGUGAGCAGUAACAGAAGCCAGAAGUUUUAUAUUAAUAUGACCUUUGCAAAGAAAGAUUUAUUUCUAAAGACACCCCAGUGUGUCUUUUGGAACUUCACACUCAGAAAAACUGAAGGGGGCUGGGACACUCGUGGCUGCACACCCACAGAGGUGGAUGAUUAUGUCAUCUGCUCCUGCAAUCACUUGACAGCAUUCUCCAUUCUGAUGUCACCUGACAAAUCCUCCCAGCUGAUCUUUGAAGAUUUUAUUACCUACGUUGGCCUGGGCAUUUCAAUCGUGAGUUUGGUGGCCUGCAUUAUAAUUGAAUCCUUAGUCUGGAAAUAUGUGACAAACAACACGACCUCCUACAUGCGCCAUGUCUGUAUACUCAACAUAGCGACAUCACUCCUGAUUGCUGACACCUGGUUCAUUGUCACUGCCUCCAUCAGUGACCAAAACCAACAGAUAAGCAGAGAUAUCUGCCUUGUGGCCACCUUCUUCAUCCAUUUAUUUUACCUGUGUGUCUUUUUCUGGAUGCUCAGCCUGGGCCUCAUUCUUUUCUACAGACUGGUCUUCAUCUUGCACGACACAAGCAAGACUGCUCAGAAAGCAGUGGCAUUCUUCCUGGGAUAUGGCUGCCCCUUUGUCAUUGCAGUCAUCACCAUCGCUGUCACACUGCCAAAGAACAGUUACACCAGAAAGGAUGUCUGCUGGCUCAACUGGAAGGACAGCAAAGCUCUCUUGGCCUUCGUCCUACCUGCCCUGAUCAUUGUCGCCUUGAAUUUGUUCAUCACCGCGGUUGUUAUCAUAAAAAUAUUGAGGCCAACCAUUGGGGACAGGGCAAACAGGCAGGAGAAGAAUUCUUUGUUUCAAAUUGGCAAAAGUGUGGCCAUCUUGACACCACUGUUAGGCCUCACCUGGGGAAUUGGCCUUGCCACCAUUAUCAAAAACAGCCAUCGAGCCUUCCACAUCCUCUUUGCACUGCUCAAUGUUUUGCAGGGCUUAUUCAUUUUGGUGUUUGGGACUCUCUGGGAUAAGAAGAUCCUAGAAGCCUUGCUGAAGAGGAAUUCAGUGUCCAAAUGGAGUUCACAGCAAACAAAGUCAACCUCCCUGAUCCUGGUGACACCAAUGCUUGCUAUGAGCUAUCCAUUUUCAAGAACCUUUAACAACUUAUGUGGGAAAACAGGAAAAUACACAGUAUCAUCCUCAGAGCCAUCCACCUCCUCCUCUGAAAACACUUCCAAGUCAUAUUCUUUACUUAACUGAGGCACUUCGAAUGCUAAAUAACAUAAUUCUGAAAGGAACUCUGCCCUUUCCAAGACACACACAAAAAGCACCUCUGAGUUAUCAAGGAGUGGACUGCUUCACUUUGACUGAACUGUGCCUUGGUGCAUUCUACUGGAAUAAUCAUUUCUGGUCACCAUGUAAGGCAGGGAAGCUUGGAGAGGUGGAAUUUUACAAGGGCUGCCAAUCCCAGAAGAGAUGAUUUUUCAAAUUUGAAAGGAUUCAAAGGCUGGAGAAGACAUGAAGACAUUGGGAGUGAAGAAUUCUCAGCCUAUAAGAGGGUGCUUAGCACUGUGCAAUACUGAGCCAUGAAUUGCAGUGCUACAAACAGCUGUUGCCCAGUGGGGUUUGUAUUUCCUCUAUCAACUCAUUGAAUGAUUCCAAAGGUUUGUGUAGAUACAAAAGUACCUCACAGCUUCUCUCCUGUCUGGAAAGGCCAUAGGGUAUAGUGCUCUCCACUUUCUAUUUAAGACUUUCUGGAACCAAGGAUUCACAGCGGAGAAGGUCCAUUUCAGACCUUCACUUUUGACUUAGAUCAAAUGGAGAUCAUGAUGAUUCCUGCGUGGUUUUUUGUUUGUUUUUUUUUUCAGGUGGAAUGUACUGAAAUCUCUAUGUGGCACUUUUCUGAAAAGAAAUCUUUAUAUCCUUCCCUCUAAUUGUCCUUCCCUUGAUAUGCAGUGUGGCAAGACAGAGAUGGUUGCUGUCCUCUACCACAGAGGGGACUGCAUUUAUUUAAUGCAUAGUGGUGUUAAGAAUGCAAGGAGUCUCUUGUGUAAAGUCUGUACGUUUGGAUCUCCUCUCAGAGGAGAAGAACACUUGGAGGGCUAAGAGAGUCAACUCUGCAGUGAAUAUAAACUGUCACGUGCCAGGCAGGAUGAAAGGUUUUAUAUAAAUUAUUGCUCUAAUA